AUGAAUAUGAUGGGAACAACUGAUUGUCUUCCAAAGCAGAUUUCAAGGGCAACGGCGCUGACAAAAAUGUCUACUUCGACAACUGAUGAAAAUGAGGGAGAAUCCUUCAUAGUAUCCAUCGGAAAUGAUAGGCAAGAUGCGAAAGAAAAUAUUAAUAUUAGUUUAACGCCCGCAAAUUCUCUUACUAAUACAGAUACCACGAUUACUAUUACUACAACUAAUGUCACCACAGUAAAACUGAACUCUGGAUACAAUGCAACGCAUCCAUUUGGAAAUUUGAGUAAUCAGUUGCAUUGCAAUUCAAUUGUGAUCAGUCGUCCAACCAGUGAGUAUCAAGCAGUUACUUACCAACCCGGAAAAUUCAAACAAUAUCACGAAUUGGAAGCUCAUAUACCACAUAAGGGAUAUUUCUUAUCUUGUCCUCAGAUGAAAGCAGCACUUAUAUCACAAGAAGUAUCUAGUGGAGAGAAGACAUGCUAUUGGAAAGGUGAAUUACCGCCUCGUGACUAUUUAAAUCCUGUUUUCUCUAACAAAAUUUUCGUUGGCGGCGUUCCAUGGGAUAUUACAGCCUCUUCACUUUAUGCUUCUUUUUCGAAGUAUGGCUCAUGCUAUGUUGAAUGGCCCAAUAAGGAAUUGCGUAAUGUCCAUGUAAACCGCGGACGAUUAACUCUAAGAACUGCUGGUUACGUGUACAUGAUUUUUGCAAAGAUUGGAGCUGUGACAGAAUUAUUGCAAGAUUGUUCUCGAGAGUUUGGAUCAGCUGGAGAAUGGUAUUUCAAAUUAACGAUAGAAAGGCCUAAUCGAGUGGAGAUCCGACUGGUGCAAAUUAUACCAUGGGUGAUGACAGAUUCUUUGUACUGUUCAAGGCCUAAUGUUGUUCUGGAACCUAAAAGAACAGUAUUUGUGGGUGCUUUACAUGGCAUGAUCACAGCAAAGCAAACCUUGUUAAUGGUUCUUAUUAAGGUUUUAUUUGCUAUCAUGAGAGAUGUUUAUGGUGAUGUGCUAUUUGUUGGUAUAGACACAGAUCGUUUGAAGUACCCUAUAGGCAGUGCACGUGUUACUUUUUCAACAGAGUCUGCUUACUUUCGCGCUGUUGAAUCCCGAUACCUUGAAAUCCACACAUCCAAAUUUAUUAAAAGAAUUCAAAUCGAUCCAUUUUUGGAUGAUGCCAAGUGCUCUGGAUGUCUAUACAUUCAAGGACCCUAUUUUUGUCGUGAACUAAGCUGUUUUAACUAUUUUUGUCAGCAAUGUUGGCAAGUUCGCCAUGUUCGGGAAGGUCCUUAUAGGGAUCAUGAACCAAUGAUUUGUACACAUAAGAGACCGUUGCAAGUGGAAUCCUAUAUGCCUUACUGCUCAAGUAAUCGUUGUGAUUUGCCGAUCGCAGUGCUAAAACAGACUUCAAAGACUGUACGUUCCCCAAUUUCUAAUCGAUUAAUAGACUUGGAGGAAGGAAGAAAUACGAAGCCUACUUUUGCGGAAGCAGCAUACCUGGUGCCUAGUUUUUACACCAAAUUUUUCAAACAUCUACAUCCUUGGUCAACAUCCGUAAGCAAUUCGAUUCAUACAAGUUUGAACGCCAGAAAUUUUCCUUUCCAAUCUAUUCCUUCUAUGCAUCUCAGAUCUUAG